UAAUUUUUCUUGUUUGGACCUCGUGUUUCAGAUUUCGGAUUGAAUACUUUUAAAUUAAAAAAAAUAUAUAGCUGAGCGGUUGUGUUUGUCUAUUUUAGCAACAAUAAAAGUUGAUAUUUCAAUUGUUUUUCUUGAUAUUUAAGGUUGUACCAUGAGAAUAUUUUUGAGAAGCCAAGAUCUUCACAGUGUUUGCUUAAACGAGGGAACGGUUUCGACUUUAAAAGAAUUUGUUGAAAAUGCUGAAGGUAUUUCUCGCGAAGGUCUAAUUCUCUACUAUGGAGGGAAGCCCUUAGAAGACAACCAAAACAUAAAUGAUGUUCUGAGUGAUGAUGCGACUGUGGAUGUUUGCGUUGGAUUGAAAGGAGGAAAAGUACAUGGUUCCCUGGCUCGAGCCGGAAAAGUCAAAGGCCAAACUCCUAAAGUUGAGAAGCAAGAGAAAAAAAAGAAGAAAACUGGACGGGCUAAGAGACGAAUGCAGUUCAACAGAAGAUUUGUUAAUGUCGUUGUUACUUUUGGAAGGAAAAAAGGGCCUAAUUCCAAUUCUUAAACUAUUCUUCCUCAGUAAAAAUUUUCAUAUUUUCUUUCGGUUUGCAGAUUUAAUGUAUUCUUGAUUUACAAUAAAAACUAAUUUAAAAAAGUG